GGAUUCGUCUGCCGUGCCGUCUGCCGCGGGCCGGAGAAGAGUACACGCUAGCACGCUAGCGAAGCGAACAUCCACGAGUGGCGCGAUUACGAACUCCAUUGAUUGUUUGUCCGACGGUUACUAAGGGCAAUGCAUAGUGUCCCUAAAUACGGAACCAGAUAUGUCGUGUCAGUCCAACAAAUCGAUAUAUUCCCAAUGUGUGUUUGUCGUGCAAGGCUUCCUAUGCUCCUCCCUCUGGCCGCAAAACUGUAUCACACGAGUGGCGCAUGAUCAACCGAGCGUCAACAGGGAACAGAAGCGAAACAAAUGAGACCAACAAUGAUUCUUCCUUCCACAGCUCUAUUUGGGUCAUCGUUUGGCGGGCUUUUCCUCAAAACAUUGAGUAACAGCAAUGCUAGCCUACUGCUUAUUCUGGUUCUAGCUUUUGUGGUGACAUACUCCAUUGGCUACCUCUUCAUGAGAAGGUCUGACAUGAUUGAUGUCGAAGUCCCGGAGUGCGAAAGGACUGCUGCACCACCAUCUUCAUCCAACACAGAAGAGACAAAACCACUGCUUGAGGAAUCUGAGAGGGCUUCCAGCAGUGAAUCGGAAACUACUCACGAGGAGAAUGAUUAUGAAUGAGGGGAUAGAUUGUGAGUGUGCAGGCGCUCCUAAAUAUGCAAAGGUGGGUUGUGUAAUUUGCAUAAUCUACUGAAUAGCAUGUUCUCAUGGUUCCUAACCUAGACCACAUUUGUGAGCUUUGUCUUCAAGAUAUAUGUUGUACAGCUGUUUCAACACUUCGUCCAUUCUUGACUCAACCUAGCAUUGUCAAAAGGCUCGAGUUUUGCACUUCGUGUCAUGCACACUCAAGAGCCGAGACUACGGUUGCAGAGUCAUCUUUCAGUGGGCAAUAAGCUACAUUUGUAAUGUCAUCAUAGGUAGGUAAUGCAUGACCUUCUCAAGUGCAUCUUUUAACUAUCAGCAUACACUAACGCAACAAGUAAAAUAACGGUGCAAGAACUCUUCUGGCCUGGACUUGCUGUACAUCUUGGAAUAGAGUUCAUUAUGCGUCAGAUCUCAUCAGGAUCAAAUCAUGGAGACAGUGUUGUGAUCACAUUUCUGUCGUUACGUGGUGUUUCAAUUGACCCUAGUUUUGAUUCACCUGCAUGGACCUCACCGCACCCUAGGUUGUGAUGUACAUGGAAAAUGUGAGAGAGGUUACAGUAAGCAUACGGCAGCACUAAAGCUUCUCCUAGGACGUGGACAUAGUAUCGACAGACUCACUUGAAUGACUCGCUUGAUCACAUACUACAUGUUCAGUGCAUGAAUGCUUUAUCCACACAACCAGACAGAUACCUCUUGAUCUACCAGAGCCUAACACAAAAUAAAAGUUCUUUAUCUUCAGUAACAGUACAGAAACCAACUAAAGCCAAAUGCUGUGUUUAUCUGCCUUUUCGAAACACACAUACUGGUAUAAAUAGGGUUGCAUAUUUUUAUUCUUCCAUUACAUAAUCUAGGUGAAGUUCCUCAGAUAACAAAAAAAGAAAAAAUAAAGACAUGAGGUCAUUGUCAAGAUAUUUACAGGUUUCAGAUUUGAAAUGGUGCAAAAGUAUGAGUGGUAUACGUGCACUUUGUAGAAAAUAAAUAAAUAGUUUCACAAAGCA